CAAGACAAACAUUCAGGAUUCAGUCUGAGGACCUUUCGUUGUAACUAGGUUUCCAUACAGCCAGUACUUGACGAAGCUCAGUCGGUUGUGCAGCAACUCUUGGAAGCAAGAGAUAAAUCGCUCUAAGAAAACGCCAGCCCAUUUUGCCCUUCCGUCGUUGGGAAGGAUGAAAAGACUCAUGACCGUUUGCGCGCUGGCGGAAGCCGCUAUUCUUGUCGGCGGAGCGCGGCAGAAGCAGAAGGCGACCAGAGUGAAAAAGUUGCGCGGACGAAAGGCAGAGAAGGCUCCUGGCACUCGUCCUGAAGGGCGGAAAGAGUGUCCAGAAGAAAUCCCGAUCAUGAGUGGUAACAUUGAACUGAUAUCCCGCUGGAAAUAAUUUUCAUCCCUGAGAGCAGACACAGUUCGACUUUGAGGCCAUUAUACUUACUUGCUGCAGCCCCUAGAAGCUGUUAAUGCGUGGUACGUAGAUACAGGAUUAGGGAAGAUAAAAAUAACAUGCAGCAUUAUCAUGCGCUGCAAAUUUGUAAAAGGACAGCAAGACGCACAGUCAGACGCAGUUUUGUCCUUUGCAUUGAUUUGCCGACCAACCGGCUUCGCGUGAAGAAUCUCACGAGAGGACGUAUUUUGUGUACUAGUGCUUCCGUGCGAAAAUGGAUGAAUAGUUUCGAUUACGCAUGAUCGACAGGAAGAGUACGAUGCUUACUUCUUUGUCCGUUGCUCGGGAUGGAGCAUUGUUUUCAAUUGGAUACCACAACUGGGAUUUUAGAAAAUGCGACAAGAACGGGGAUAAUUGUACGAGGCGUUCUAUCAAUUUCGACACCGGACUGACUGAAGAAGGGAAGCAUGGAUCGGGCGAAUUGGAUUGUUGGAAUAACGGGAAGAUGGAUCUGUGCAAAGAAAACGAGGUGUGCUGCAGGCACUGGCCUCCCUUUGUGCAUGGCUCCAACCAGGAUGAGUGCCCCACUGUUAAGCCCUUGCACGUCACACAAACUGGGCACUGGGGCGACCUCAACAAGCACCGCUGCAUCAGUAAGUGCUACGCAAAAAAGAUCUGCCGGAGCCUGGACAUUGUAGCAUACAAGUUGCAAGUUUGGACGGAAGACGGAAGCGACUAUGUCAUGGAGCCUGCCCUGGACCCGGCCUGCUAA